AUGGUCUUCACUCGCUCGUUAGCAUUAGGGUUUCGCCGAACUACGCUCCACGCAACAAGACACAGCAGGAGACCACAGCUGGGCACUUUGGUCCAGAAAAGAUUCCAAGGCGGUCCUCUUGGCCUCGGGCCUCAAUUGCCUGGCCAGCAAGAUGAAGCUGAGGAAGAUGGCAAAUCUUCUGCCAAUAGAGGUGGUGGCAAGAAGGAUGAGGGUUCUGCAUGGGCAUCGACCGUGUUCAAGAUGUUUGAAAGCGCGCUGACCACGGCUGCUUCUGCACGUCACCCGAGGCCAAAAUUCCUCUACGGUCAGGCUGACGGAGAUUCUGAUAGGUCGCCAUUCUGGCCGCCGUUGGCUAUGGCUACAAUCGAUACUACAAACAUAUGGUACUUGAGAAGAUGGAAAACGCCUUCAAACCUGGAGAUCCGAUGCUGGACCUAGCUGCGACGAACAAGCAAGGCACCGCGACUGGUGGCGUGGUGCUCGUAGACGAAGACGAACAGCGCGAACACUGGGUGAUACGAGACGAACAGAACACCAUCGACGACAUUGUCGCCGGUCGUGCAAGGGGACAGUACCAUCUCCUCGUAGGCGAGAAGGGUACUGGAAAGUCAAGCAUGCUCAUAGACGGUGAGUACGCCCGUGACUACGUUCGCCACCACAUGACAUACGUGCUUAUCCCUGAUAGCCAUGGCCAAAGUCAAUGGCGAGGGCUGCGCAAUGUUCGAAGCACAUUCAAAUCCCGAAAUCUUCCGAAUACGCCUGGGGAAAGCCUUGGACUUUGAAUUCCACGAGGAUAACAUUGGAUCUCUCUUCUCCAUCCGUGGCCCUCGAGAUGCUGGAGCAAUUCUCGACAUUGAACGUGCUUUCAACAAAUUGGAAAAGGUUGCAAUGGCGCGGCGCGACCGAGUCGGGAAGCCGCUCAUCCUGAUUUUCAAUUCGAUGCAUCUCUUGCGAGAUGACGAUGCCGGCAAGGAUCUGCUGGAGCUCAUCCAGCAGCGGGCUGAACAGUGGGCAGCAAGCAAUCUAGCAACGGUCAUCUUCAAUUCGGAUGACUACUGGAUCUAUGAACGUCUGAAGCAGUAUGCAACCCGGAUGAAUGUCAUUCGAAUCCUUGACCUUAGCAAGGACAAGGCGAUAGCCGCGCUUCGGAAUUACCGCGUGAGGUAUAGGAACGAUGAUCCGUCGCCAUCGGUGUUGAAGCAAGUGUACGACAAGGUUGGAGGCCGCAUGUCAUUCUUGAGCCGCGUCGCCAAGGCACCUGACAUGUUGAAGACGGCGGAAGACAUCUGCCGUGUGGAGAAGACCUGGUUCCUCAACCAAUGCUGGAUCUUGGGCGCAGAGAUGGACGACGACGUGAUGGAUCAACAGAAAUACGCAUCCGCCGCAAUGGUUCUCGCCAAAGCACUGGUAGAGCUAGAACGGGAGAUGGAGUCCACCUAUGACCCGGAGCAUGGUCACAUUCUCCCCGAAAUCCCACUGCACAAGGCCCGUCAAGUCAUGACGAGAGCCGACUUCAUCCAGAGCUACGACGCCAUCAACAUCUUUGCCAUCGACAGCAACGCCAAAGUCCGCGCCGACUCUGUGCCCAUGAUGAAUGCUUUCCGCGAGAUUUGUAGCGAGGAAGGCUUUGACGAGUAUCUCGAAGCUACCCUCAACCGUAUUGGCGACAUCGAAUCGCUCGGACGUACACGCGAGCUCACCAUUAAGGACCUAUGGGAUAAGGGCAAGUACCGCGUCCGGCUGGAGGAUGCUCGAGGACGCGGAACGGGAGGCCUGACCUUUGAGGUGGAAAAGGCCGAGGGAGACGCUGAUGGCGAGGAUGAUUGA